AUGGGUCAGGAAAGGAUACGAUUCUGGACAGAUUGCCAAGUCAAUGAGAAGAAGAUUGAAAACGUUGCAAAGCUUUUUGAUCCUCUUGAUUCCUCUGCGGCAAAUUUGGCUAGGACCCUGAUUUUAUCCUUGAACGGGACGGAGUUAACGUUCCACGCGAUCAAGACAAGGAUUGCACCGCACUUAUUCAUGGCGCUAUCGACGAUUCCACAUGUUUCACGUGUAUCUUACACUGGAUUGGAUGGCCUAUCCUUCGUGUACCAUAGGAACGACAAGGAUGAGACAUACGCGCUUUAUUCAAAUUCUUCUUCUUCUUCUUUGUCCUCCUCGGGAUGUUAUGCUCAACCGGUUGAUCGCGACACUGGGAAACUGGAAGGCCAAGUAGUUAGCUGGCAUACGGGACAUGUUACACAGAACAUAUCCUCAGUUCACCGAUCUGCGAAUGUUUCGUCCUCCUCUUCUUUGGUGCGGAGAAAACGGGGUAAAGGUAAAAAGCUGAUGUUUCUCUACAGUGCAGCAAUGGAUGGAAGAGGGUUGAUUACCAUUGGUUAUCCAGCCAAAGUAGUUUCUGAUCACUUUGAUGGACUUGAAUUUUAUGGAGGGGAUUUUCAUUUGGCAAUGAGCAGUGGGCAAGUGCUUGUGGAGAGCAAGCUCGGGGACACUCGCAUACAUGUGCGAAAUGGCACAGUCUCGGUGGAAACAGUAAAUAUGAAUGUUCACGACAAAAGUGAUUACUAUUCUUGCACGAUGGGUGAUGGAGCUGGUGGACAGUUGAGUCAUUUUCAGAUGAAGAUCAAGGGGAAAACGCACAUCUUUUAUUGCUCAGCUCUUGAAGUUGGAGGAUUUGAAUCGGUAUAUGUGCUAUCUUUCCCAAAAACAGACCUACAGAGUUUAGCCCACAAGAAUGGCAUUCUAGCGCUGAUUCUCCUUGUGCUUAUGCUUGCAAUUAUAGUAAUCUCGGUUGAUGUUUUCAUAAUCAUCAUCUUGAAAUCAGCCAGAAGAGAGAUGUUCCUGUGUGAUGCUCUCAUCAAGCAAAUGAAAUCAACUCAACAAGCAGAGCGGAAGAGCAUGAAUAAGAGUCUUGCAUUUGCCAAUGCAAGUCACGACAUACGUUCUUCUUUGGCAGCCAUUACCGGUUUAAUAGAUCUUUGUCAUGAAAAGGCCAACCCCCACUCGGAUUUGUCAGCCAACCUAACCCAGAUGAACACUUGUGCAGUCGAUCUCGUAGGCAUAUUAAAUUCUGUUCUUGAUACAAGUAAAAUUGAAGCUGGAAAAAUGCAACUUCAAGAAGAGGAAUUUAACAUCGCUGAGCUUCUUGAGGAUGUUGUCGAUAUGUACUAUCUCCUUGGCAUGAAGAAAGGUGUCGAUAUGGUGUUUGAUUCCUGUGAUGGCUCAAUCUUCAAGUUUAACCUUGUUAGAGGGGACAGGGCAAAGUUCAAACAGAUUUUAUGCAAUCUCUUGAACAAUGCUACCAAGUUUACAUCGGAAGGGCAUAUCUCAGUUCGAGCUAUAGCUAGGAAACCGAUCACAGAAAAUGCGAUAAUUACUUCCAAUCAUAAGAGCGUCUUGAACUGUUUGUCAAACUUGUGCUUCAAAAACAAGGGAAGUUUCAACACUUUGGAAGGCCUUCAUACAAUUCAACAAGAUUCAAACUGCAUGGAGUAUAUAUUUGAUGUUGAUGAUACAGGAAAAGGAAUUCCCAAGGAUAGACGAGAUUUGGUUUUUGAAAACUUUGUUCAGGUUGAGGAAACAAACAUCGGAGCAGAAGGCACUGGUUUAGGACUAGGAAUUGUUCAAUCUCUAGUUCGCCUAAUGGGAGGCGAAAUCAAGAUUCUUGAUAAAGAGCACGAUAAAAGAGGAACUUGCUUCAGAUUCAAUGUAUUUCUCACUGCAUGUCACCACAUCACAUAUGAUAUAGAGGAACAAGGAACUUCGACGAAUACGGAUGGAUAUGGAUAUGCAACUGAUAUCCAUCAUCGUUUUGGGCGAUCGUUGCCACCUACACGAGAUGGGUCGCGUGUCAUUCUCUUUCUUGCUGGCGAAGAGCGCAGAAGAAUAUCCAAAAGGUUGAUUCAGGGCUUUGGUGUCAAAGUAUUGGUUGUGAGAAACAACCAAGAGCUUCUAUAUGUACUUGAAUGGAUAAAGAAAAAGAGAGAUUUGAUUCUCACUGUGAUAGAUGCCAAAGCCACGUUGGUCUCAGAACUACGUCCCGUCUUAGCCAACUUUAGGAAAGAGGUUCAGAACUGCAAGUUUGUGUGGCUGGAAAAUCCCUUAGGCCGAAACAACUCAACAGAGUCUGAAGAUGACAAGACACCACCACCUUGCGAUCAUAUCCUGUCAAAACCUUUCCAUGGGUCGCAUCUACAUCGUGUUUUAGGACUCCUCCCAGAAUUUGGAGGCACAUUUCAACCCACUAUUUCUGAAGGUACAACUACAAUAAUACAAGAAGUUCACCAUUUCUCACAAGGGAUUAGAAUUCCGAAUCCGAUAAUAACCGUGCCGAUCCAGAAGAAUGAAGUUGAGCAAGUUGUGAUUCGUGAAACUAAUAAAGAAAGCAUCAACGAGCAACUCCCCUUGAAUGGGAAGAAUGUUUUGGUGGUCGAUGAUCACGCGAUUCAGUUGAAAUUGUCAACAACAGUGCUUUGUAAACUUGGAGCAACAACCCAUGUUUGUGAGAAUGGGAAAGAUGCAUAUGAUCUAGUCUGCAAGACUCUAAAAGAUAAGAAUGAAGGUGCUCUUUGCUUCGACUACAUCUUCAUGGACUGUAAGAUGCCUGUGAUGAAUGGAUUUGAAGCAACAAGAUUGAUCAGGGAGGAGGAGAAACUACAUGGAAUUCACACACCUAUAAUUGCACUAACUGCUUGUGAAACGCCAGAAGAAAUUGGUUGGACGAUUGAGGCUGGGAUGGAUCAUCAUUUGGUAAAACCAUUGCAAGCAACAAAGGUUUUGAAGCUUCUUCAACAUUAAUAUGAUUUCUUGCAACAUGUUCUGA